AUGGCUGCUCUGAAUGCAACAGUAUUUGCUCUGCAGCCCAAUGUCGAUACAAUAUACUCCGCCGGACUAUACAACCUGUCUCAAUAUGACUUGCGCGUCACUGUGCCAAAUAUAACAGAUGACCGAUACUGGAACUUUGCCUUCUACGACCCCUACGGGGAGGAGUUUGCAUCAAUCGGCAUUGCAAAUGACGACGUUCCUGGGGAUUAUCUUUUCCGGCGUAUACCUGACGGUGGCCCUAACUGGGGCCUCGAAGAAGCAUGCAACGGAGACGACGGCUAUCAGGGCUAUGUGAACGGGCCAACUAGCGACGGUAGUAUGCUAGUCCGCGUUCUGGUGAAAAACAAUGGCACCGAUCUUUCGCACGUGCAGGAUAUUCUCAGCGGGUUCAAUGUAGCUGCCGUGCCUCGUGGUAGUAGUGCUGCGCCGCUCGCUACUGCUAGUACCGAUGAAUCUGAGCUCGCUUCAUAA